AUGACGACUUCUUUCGACCGCCGCCUCCAUCCUGUCCGACCCGAUCUUGCCGCUCGCGACUAUGAAGGAAAAGUUGAAACGGGCCGUUUUGUCGAUGGCGAAGUGUUUCAGGUGACCGCUGACAGUCUUGCCAUCCGGCCGGAUCCACGGCCGGACUGUCCCAUCGACACCGAAGCCUUGUGCGGGGAGUGGAUCACCGUUUACGAGAAGACGGCUGAGGGAUGGGCCUGGGGCCAACUCGACACGGACGGCUAUGUCGGCUGGUUUUCGUCUGAUGGGCUAGGGUCCGUAACGGCGGCAACACAUCGGGUGAGGGCGCUGAGGACCUAUCGCUAUCCCGGUCCCGAUCUGAAAUUUCCGCCGCGUGGUCUUCUCUCCAUGGGGGCUCAGGUGACGGUUGUCGGCGAAACAGAAACGCGCGGCCUCAACUAUGCAAUUCUCAAUGACGGCUCUUCUGUCGUCGCCAAGCAUCUGGUUUCUCUGGACGACUAUGACGCGGACUGGGUCGCCGUGGCGGAGGAAAUGCUCGGCACACCCUAUCUCUGGGGCGGUCGCACAACUGUCGGCCUGGAUUGUUCCGCACUGAUCCAGUUGGCCGGACAGGCCAGUGGUCUCGACAUACUGCGUGACAGCGAUAUGCAGGAAGCCGAGGCCGGACACGAGAUCCCGCAUGAUGAUCCGUCAGCGUUACAGCGGGGCGACCUUGUGUUCUGGAAAGGACAUGUGGCGAUCGUUACCGGCCCGAACAGGUUGCUCCAUGCCAACGGUUUCACGAUGACGGUUGCCUAUGAAGAUCUCGACCGGGCGAUAUCACGGAUCGCCGCAACGGAGUGGGGAGCUGUGACGAAGGCACGAAGGCUCCAGAGAAGGUCAGAGUGA